UCAUCAAAGAGAACAAAGCAAAUAUAAUCAAUCAAGUUAGUUGGGUUUGAGAUUUCCAGUGAAAGAAAAAUUACGGCGAAGGGUAAUCAAUGUGGCAGCAAAUCUGGGGGGAGUCAAUGCAGCAAAUCUGGGGUGGCAGCAGGGGUGGGGGUAACCAGGGUGGCAGCAAGGGUGGGGAUAACCAAGGUGGCAGCAGUGGUAACCAGAGUGGAGCAGCUAACAACUCCAGUGCACCUAAAAGUGGCAGCGACAGUGGAGAAGCUAACAACUCCAGUGCACCUAAAAGUGACAGCGACAAAUUAACCAUUUGUGGUGAAAUUAAGCAGGGAUCCAGCGAAGCUAAGCUUUGCUACACACCCAGCGGCGACGAAACCUGGACUGUGAGCGUGAACUGGAAGUAAUUCUAAGAGUUGUAUGCAUGCCCAUGACUAAUCAUAGCAGCAGACACUGGAUGGUAUUAAACCAUUCCUCAUGCUACUUACAUAUAUCAAUAAAUCCUGCUGCUAUGCGCCUACCAUAUGUUGUAUCUUACCUUUGAAAUCAAGGAAUGUUGUAAUGAAAUGAACUAUGUACU